AAUUCUCGCCGCGUGUCCGUCGAAUUCUCCCCCAUUCGUGGCAGAGUUUGAAAACGCGACGGAGCCGGAAGUCGCGCGCUUCCGUGCCAAUCCUUCCCUUCAAGCUCGAGAUCGAGCAAUGUCUUUCUAGAUAAAAACAAACAACAGAUACGUCGGAUCAUUUUACAUAAUUAUUAUUCGACGUAUAUUCCUUAUACAGCUCGAUCGUAUCCUGAUUAUUCCCUCGAGUAAUGUGGUGCGCGGGUGAAGAGGAAAGACAAGUGGAUAAUAAUUAGCGGAUUUCGAAGGAGUAUGUGGAUGCAAUUUCGUUAUUCGAUCGGUUGAUCACCGUAGCUGGUAAUGCCGUUUCACUGGGAGGAUUUAUUGCGAGGUUGAUUACGAGUGAAAGGAUAGAAAGUCGAGGAGAGAUUGAGGGGAAUAUAUGAAAUCUGUUGACGAUAAGGAGAAGUAUUCGGAGUAGUGGUGAAAUAUUAUUUAUUGAGGAUUAUUGGUUAUAUUGUUAAGGAAGAUUGUUCAGGGAUUUGGUAAUUAGUUAGAAGGAAUUGUCAGUGAAUAUUAAUAAAUGUGAACGGUUUGGUUCAAUUUAAAUUUAUGUUAUGAUUGCGUUGUUAAUCAGUUGGGAAAAUAUACUAGAUUUAGAUGAUAUUUGUGCAAUUGUUCGUUUAUCGUUAAGACUUUAAUUUUUACGAAUUAAGAAACGUUUCAUUGGAUUUCGGUCGCAUCGGAUUCAUUGGAAUGAUAUUAUCCGUGGAUUGUUAAGUUGCAACGUGACAACUCAAUACCGAUCCAGAACUUGGGAAGAUGAAACUAAGAACUCAGGCAGGCAUGACGAAGUGGAACACCGAGAAUUGAAGUUUUGGGGAUUUAUGUGGCCUACUUUGGCGCAGUCCUCCAGUCGAAGGAUAUACAAGAAUGCUCAAGAGGUGAUUGGUUAUUAAAGUGAAGGUGUCAGUGGUUUUGAAAGUUACUGCCACCGCAAUUUUUCGCCUAGUGAAAUGGAGAUAAAUGGGACAGACAGCAGCCUAAAUGGCACCGAAGCUAAUCGUACUACUUCUCCUGUCUUCAUUAUUAGCACGCGUUAUAUGACACAAUGGAAACGAGAGAGGCAACGGGAACGUCUUUGUCGCAUGUACAAUCAAGUUUUAACGGAAUGCUCCCAGCUUAAUGGAAGCUGGCCUGACCCGGAUGAUCCACGUUGGAGCAGUGGGGAAUAUGUAGAACUUCUGUCAGAAUGGUUUCCGUCAAAUAUUACCAACGGAACGAUAACGGGAAACGCAACAACCUUAUCAACCGCGGAACCUUUCACACCUGUUCUACCACCCUUCGAACUAUGGCAGACGAUACUGAUCGCUUUCUCCCUCGCAUUAUGUAUACUAUUAACUGUCGGCGGUAACAUUCUAGUCCUCCUGGCAUUUAUCGUAGAUAGGGCUAUAAGACAGCCGAGUAACUACUUCAUCGCCUCAUUAGCAGCCACCGAUAUGCUUAUUGGAACUGUAUCCAUGCCAUUCUACACGGUCUACAUUCUGAUGGGAUAUUGGAAUCUUGGACCUUUGCUCUGCGAUUUAUGGCUGUCCGUAGAUUACACGGUAUGCCUGGUAUCCCAGUACACGGUAUUAUUGAUCACAAUUGAUCGAUUUUGUUCGGUGAAAAUAGCAGCCCAAUAUCGCAGCUGGCGCACGAAAAAUCGCGUAAUCUGGAUGGUUACGAUCACCUGGAUUAUACCGGCCUUGCUCUUCUUCAUCAGUAUCUUCGGCUGGGAGCAUUUUAUCGGUUACAGGGACCUAGAUCCCGGCCAAUGCACCGUUCAAUUCCUCAAAGAUCCCGUUUUCAACACCGCUUUGAUAAUCGGUUACUAUUGGACCACGCUCGUUGUUCUUUUCAUCCUGUACGGCGGUAUAUAUAAGACUGCUUACGACAUGCAGAAAAAGAGCGAGGCCAAACAGAGGAAGAUGCAAUCGAUGGUUGCCCUCAGCGCGGGCGCGAUGUCCGGCAUGGCGGGUCGGGCGGCUGGUAUAGGAAUGUCGAAGACGCAAAGCACCCUUUUGAGCCAGGACAAACCAAAGCUAAGCGCGUCGGGUGACGAGGAGGGGGCUGGUGACGGUUCAGGGCAGAAGACUUCCUCAAAGACUUCAGGAACCACCGGCGUGACCGACUCGACGGAGAAACAAAUCGGUGGAAGCGUGGCCCCGACGGAGACGGAAAAAUCUGAACGGAGUAGUAGCCCAGCGUUCGAUUCGGACGAGGAGAGCACGAUGGGCCCUGCUGCUCAACAGCUCGCCAGCAUCAGGAAACGAUCCUCCUUAGCCGGUCUGGUCGUGCAGACCGGCGCCCUCCCAGUUUUCUCCACUAACGGCCACUUGAACGGAAUCGUUCUGGCCAAGACCGAUCUGAACGUGCAAGCAUCGAAGAAGCUCCUCCUCCCCGUGGCGGCCGGUUCGAUGUGCGACAUGGCCACGCAGAAAGCUCAAACGUUGCCGAAGAUACAAGAGUCGAGCCUCUUGGACACGGACAAUGUGCUGGAACCCGACAGGUCGAGCAGUCAAACGUUGACACCUGAACAGUCUCACUGCAACGGGGAUGCGACUCCUCAUCAACGACCGCUCACUUCCACCGAGACGUCACCACCCACUCACCCCGCUCGUUCGAUCAGCGGAAGCCAACAGAACAUCAUACCACCGCCUACGCAGUUUCAAAGCAGCCCCCAAGUGUCCGACAGCCCAUCCACGUCCUCGUCCACGGACAGACCCAAGUCGUUGGUCGUGUCGUCCCACGGGACAGCAGGUACUUUCGAUAUUCUGACAGGAUUGGACGGGGGAGAUUUGAGGUACAUGGACGAAAGUUCGGUCAUAUUGCCCAGCCCAUCUUACGAGAGUCCAUCGUCUUCCUUCUCCUACAGCCUGGCGAAUCCCCUUUCGAGCGCCCCCUCGUCGCCCAUCCUAGGGAAUAUCCCUACCUCGUCCAACACCAGCUUGCUGCAGGCAGCAUUGAUCAGAGCCACGGCCCAGCAAGUGAGCAAUCAGCAAUCGGCGGGGGGCGGACAGAGCAAGCAGAGCCAACCGAUAAUGUCGAACGCCUCCAGUCAAACGCAUCCUCCCCGCGUGUUCAUCACGCAAAAGUCGAACGUCGCUUCUCAGACAUCGCCGACGGUGAGCAAAGUGCACACGGAGGUGAGCGUGAAAGCGAAGGACGCGAAGCAGCAACCGGUGACAACGAUCGUCAGCACGCACUCGGUGGAAAAGAAGAACGGGACGAAUCAGUACUCUGAUCAAGAAGCGAGGAUUAAUCCUCCGCAGAAUUCGUCCUCCAGCGGUAGCAUGGUGCCCACGAUUUCUGGGACGACGGGAAACGAGCAAGACGCGAAGAAACAGUCGAAGAAGAGGGACACGCGGGGCAGCGAGGAAGGUGGCUCGAGGAAGGACUUCGUGAAGACGAUUGGGAAACGUUUGAAGACGAAAACGCAGAGGAGAGAUCCUUUGUUGAGCAGGCAAAAAUCACGGACCGAGAACAGGGCUCGGAAAGCUUUCAGGACGAUAUCUUUCAUUUUAGGCGCAUUCGUCGCUUGUUGGACACCGUAUCACAUUUUGGCGCUAGUGGAGGGUUUUUGUACGAACAAACCGUGCACCAACGAGCAUCUGUUUAUGUUCUCGUAUUUCUUGUGUUACACAAACAGCCCCAUCAACCCGUUUUGUUACGCAUUGGCCAACCAGCAAUUCAAGAAGACUUUUACGAGAAUAUUGAAAGGUGAUCUGCACAUGACGUAAAAGAAGAAGGGAUUCGAUGCCAGCAGAGGAAUAAAUAAAAAAGAAAAAAAGAAAUAAAUAUGCUUGGAAAUAAGGUGAAUAAGGCCUUCCGUAAUUAAAUACCGAAUUAAUAUUUAAACGCCAUUGCUUAAUGGUCAAAUUGGACAAUAACAUUAGUAGGAUGACUUGCGCUUUAAACGCAGGCACAAAAAAAAGUACCGUGUGCUUCGUGUAUAUAGUAAUAGGAUGCGUUGGUGUAGUUUUAGACUCGGAUGUACAUAAUGUAUAUGUAUGAAUAUUUGUUAAAUUCCGUGCAGGAAAGCAUUAAAAAAGCAAAAAAAGCAAAAUGUAGAGAAGAAACGUAACGUAUUUGUAGUAUUUAGAUAACUGUGCGUUAUUACAAUAAUAAUCGCUUUACGAUAAGUGCUUCGAUGAACGUGAAAACAUCAAGUUGAAAUAUUCUUUGAAGAAAGGAUAUUAGGUACACACGUAAGUCUAUUAGGUUUAAUUGAACGAUCGAAUCGUUCGUCGGAUAGAAAGAAAACAAGAGGAAUGAAUAAGAUUAGAAUAGAAAGACAUCGAUAAAAAAUCACUUCGCAUCGGAAUGAACAGUUUUUUCGAGACAAGAAUGAACAAAAAGCUUUAAUUAAUUUUCGCCAAUCGUACGUGGCCAUUACACCGUUGCACGAGCCUUUAAAAACGCGGAUUAUGGUUUCAUCUCUUCAACGAUAGACAAAUAUUUUUUACGAGCAACGAACCAGAUCGAGAUGCCUCGUUUCGAAGAAGUACCAAAGAGUCAAGGAUUUUAUUAUCCAUGUACACACUGCCUUGGGGUGGCCUACUGAUACACGGGCCUUCUUUCUCCGAAUUCAGUUACAUUUGGUGCUGUCCUCGUGAACGAGCGUCCAUGGAUUUCUAAUCGAUAAUGUUUGCUUUCAAACAUCACAUUGGAACACUUAUACCGAAAUCCAAUUCCGACGAAAGGAGUUUUUGAAUACUCGUCGAUAACACUGGUACAAUUCAUUUUAGAUUUUAUUCAACAUAGAAAUCAUGCGAGGAAAAAUUUUAGUCUUGGUAAAAAAAAAAAAAAAAAAACAAAAAAUAACAAUGCAAUAUAUCAUCAAGAGGAUACAAAAAAUAGUAAAAUAUUUUUAUUCGUAUGUUUCAGAAAUUAUAUAUAUGUAAUAUUUAUAUAUAAUAAAAUAUGAAAUACAAAGAAUUAUGAAAUAUCAGAAAAAAUUUAAAUUAGUAAAUAUUUGUAAAAACAUACCAUUCUCGAUCUCGAUGAUUUUUGAAUACUUGUCUAUCUGUUGUUUAUUAAAAAGUUAUUAAUUUAACUCUAUCUAACUCAAAUCCAAAAAAAUUGAAUAAAAAUUUAUUUGACAAUUUAAUGAUUUUUACUAAUUUUCUUAAUUCACUUUAAUUGUCAUAAUACAAUUCAGCAUGAUGACAGUAUAUUAAAAAAUCAGAUGGAGAUAUUUUUUUAUAAAUAAUUACCUAAAAAAUAAUGAAAUAUUCUUAUCAAUUGAUAUAACAUGCAAUAAAUAUAAUAAAAUAUAAUAGUUAAAAUCUAAAAUAAUUGUAUACCAGUGUUAUUAAUUCAUUCGUAAAAUAUUCGUGGUAAUAAGUGAUGUACGAGUUACAAUUAUACACGUUUGUAUAAAUGUUUCAUUCAUUCAUAGCUACAUGUUUUCAUUAAUCUUCCUUAGACGCAAAUAUUAAUUAUUUAUCAACAUUUAUUUCGUGAUAAAAUAGACUUUCGUGAAUUUCCAUAGAUUUUAUAAUGCAAUAGAUUAACAUUUUGACUGAGUAUGCUUUUUAUUAAAAAAAAAAACAUAUUUUUUAAAGAUACUGUCGAAACAUUUAAAUUUUAAUCUCACGAGACUAAUCCAAUAACGAUGUACAACUUUGAUACUAUUAAUCGAGCUUUUCCAAUACAAUCACUAAUUAAUAAAGAAAACAUUAUCCAAAUCCCUUUCCAAAAUGUCAUGUUUUGCGAGGGAUAUAUUUUUAAAUAACGACUAUACCGUACGACAAGAAUUUUACAUAAAACCACAGUUACCAUUCAUCAAUGGAAUUAUGAAUCUCUUACACGAAGAAAAUGAUUGAAAUACGACAAAAUCAAAUGUCAAGAUCAAUAUUUUUCGCUCUUCUUCGUAAAUACGUACGUUGUGAAGUUACUUUUAUAAAAUAGCUUUUAUGCAAUAUUGCAUAUUGAGUGAUAGAAAACUGGCAAUAUUUAUAUUUCCCAUGAUUUAAUCAUUUUCAAGAGUUUGUACCUUUUUUACAAAAAUACAAACACGCAAUUAUCUCGCACGGUAAUUUACGUAAACUACAAUUUGCUCGUAAAAAUAUAAUUUUCAUAUUGGUGAUGUUAACAAUUAUAAAUUACUAUGUAAAGAUGAAUCAUUCUAAAUGAUUCAGAAUGGUUAAAUGUAUUUAUCAAUCGUUAUUAUGAACCAUUAUACGUAAUUGGCAUGAACUCAAUUUCAUGUGAAACGAAAUUUAGAAACGCGAUUUUCUAAUUAUAUUACAUCCUGAUUAAAAAAAAAACAAAAUAAGAAAAAAUUAUAAAAAUUAUAAUUUAUAAAAUAUUACGUUAAUUCAUUUUUAAUUAUUGAUAUUUUGUCAACGUUUUUCGAAAUUCACUGCCAAUACCAAGUCAUCCUAUUUAUAUUUAUAUCAUAUCUAUAAUUAUUUAUUUCUUAUACACUAGUGAUUUUUUAUAAAUUUUAUUUAUAAUUAUUCCUGAUCUUCUUCACAAAUCUGUUAUAUAAUAACAUAUAACAUACAUAUGUUGUUUAAAGAAAAUUACAUUGCUUCAUGAAAAGAAAUAAAUCGAAAAAAGAGGAUGUUGAAUAUAAAUUAUUAGAAUUGUCCAAUCUAGAAUAUUAUAUAUAGUAUGACAUUAACAUAAAAAUGUGUAAAAUCAUUUUUCUCUUCCAAAUUAAAAAUUUCUGGAAAAAUAGUAAUAUAUUAUAUUAAAAGAUAUAUAUAUAAAUAGAAAUUUCAGGAUGAAAAAUGGAAGUGAAUAGCAUACAUUAAAAUGUCAAUUUUUUCAGAAACUCGAAAUAUAUGAUUAGCAUAUGAUACGUAUACAACAAAAGGAAUUAAAUAAUCAAUAAAUCGAAAAUCUAUCUUCCAAAAGAAGAAUGUGUAAUACCGUGCAAAAGUCUUGGAUGUUUGUAAUAUAAAUUAUUGAAAAAUAUAUUUAUACAUUAAUAUAAAUAUAUGUAUCAUGAAUGUAUGUUAUGAUGAAUUAUUUUAUAAAUUUUAUUAUAUAAAUUAUAUAUAAUUAUACUUAUAUCUCGUUUAUAUAUUCUAAUUAAUAUAAAUAAUUUAUUUCAUUUUAUUUUUUUGACAAUAACAUUCUAACCAAUUUUGUAUCAAUUGUCUAGUUUUUAUAUAAUAAUAAACUUUUCAAUACUUAUAAUAACAUUUUUAUUUUGCAAAAUUAAAAUUACUAAAUUGCAUUUGUUUAACUUUAAUAUAAUAAGUAAUAUAAUAAGUAAUAUAAUAAAGAAAAAGAAAAAAAAGAAAAGAAAACAUAAACAUACAUAACUCUUAAUUUUAUUGUUUUCUUGAUAAUUUGGUCAUUCGAAAUGACCUAACAUUUGAAAUUUCAUUUCAGAAUAACGUAGAAUUUCUAUUCAAAUUAUUAAAAUAGCUUGUUAUCAAUUGACAAACGAUCAUCACAUAUUCAAUGCAAAUAAUUAUAACUUUAAAGAUACUAAUCUUGAACUAAAAUUAAAAUUGCUAACAGUUAUUUCCACUUGUUUAAGCAUUAAUAUUUUUAAUACAUGUACAAAAUAUAUUAAUAUUAAAUACAAAAAGUAAUAAAAGAGUAUAAAAGGAUUAUAUUAUAAAUCAUUUAAGACUUUUGUACAAAACGGUAAUUACCUAAAAGUUCGAUGUUUGCAUAAUAGUUAAUAUACUCGCUUCCAAACAGCUGACGUCUCCAAUUCUAAGAACAAUUGUUGUGUUAAAAACAAAACACGCUAAAUAAAUAAUUGCUUAUAAGCUACAUCACAGUAGCAUAUACAUAAAAAAAAUAUAGCGUAUAAUAAUAGAACGGAUUAAUAGAAAUUAAGCGUAAUAGAGCUAGAAAGAAUUAAAGUUAAUGUUGAACGAAUAAGAAGAAAAUAAGCAUGAAGCCUAGAUGAUAACUAGACGUUUGCCGUGGAGAAAAUGAAUAUUCGCGCUCUCUGCAUUUCUUUCUGUGUGCCGAAGCUUUCAUCGCCAUAGUAUUCUUCGUUAACGCCUACCAAUGAAGCAGAGUCAUUAAGAACGAAAAAAAGGGUGGGGAAGGAGGAGGGAAACGUUAAUGAGCUAUAAGGCGUUGGGAAAAUGAGUCGAAAAAAAGAAAAAAAAAAAACUCCACGUUUAGUCUCAAUUAAAAGAGAUUGAAGAUCAAUUAAGACGUUCGUUUAUGAGCGUACAAGUGCUCGAUUCAUUACAAUGGCUCGCGAUAUCUCCUGAUGAAUUUCACUCUUUCUACCUCAAAACACAGUAUACAAAUAAAAAUACGAGAGUCAUGCUGCGGAUCGGUUUUUUGAUUCGCUAUUAAAAAUCAUAUUACUGAAUGAAAACUGAUAUUUUAUAAGAUAUUGUAUCUUUUGUCUUUUGCUUAGAUUAUAUACAUAUAUCAUUUAUUUUUUUUAUUUGAUAAUUUAACAUAAUACUUUAUUUUAUAUUAUGCAAAUUUUUUUAGAUUUUUUUAUAUUUUGCAAAAAUUUUAAAAUAAUAAAAUUUUUGCAAAAUUUUAAAAUAAUAAAAUUUUUGCAAAAUAAUAAAAUUGUUUUAAAUCAAUUGAAAAGAUGAUAUCUUUCCUUUUUCUUCUUUAAGAAAAUUAUGAUAAAUACUGUAACAAUUAAAAUG